AGGCUGUAGCGAGGCCGUGCCGAAAACAGCCGAGCCUCUUCGCAAGCUCCCGAAGCCUCUCCGGAAGCAGCCGAGCCUCUCCGGAAACCCCCGAAGCCGUUCCGGAAGGAGCCGAGCGGCUCCGGAGGCGCCCGAAGGGCUCGUGCCGGUGCGGAGGCGGCGGGAGCGGGAGGCGAUGAAGCGCGGCCGGGGCCCGGCCCGGGGGUAGCGCGGCCGAGCCGAGCGGCCAUGGCGGCCAACAUGUACCGCGUCGGCGACUACGUCUACUUCGAGAACUCCUCCAGCAACCCCUACCUCGUCCGCCGCAUCGAGGAGCUCAACAAGACUGCCAACGGCAAUGUGGAGGCCAAGGUGGUGUGCCUCUUCCGCCGCCGCGACAUCUCCAGCAGUCUCAACAGCUUGGCCGACAGCAACGCCCGCGAGUUCGAGGAGGAGUCGAAGCAGCCCCCCAUGACGGAGCAGCAGCGGCACCAGCUGAAGCACCGCGAGCUCUUCCUCUCCCGGCAGUUCGAGUCGCUGCCGGCCACCCACAUACGGGGGAAGUGCAGCGUGACGCUGCUCAACGAGACCGACAUCCUGGGCCAGUACCUGGAGAAGGAGGACUGUUUUUUCUACUCGCUGGUUUUCGACCCCGUCCAGAAAACCCUCCUGGCCGACCAGGGCGAGAUCCGUGUGGGCUGCAAGUACCAAGCGGAGAUCCCCGACCGGCUGGCCGAAGGCGAGUCGGACAACAGGAACCAGCAGAAGAUGGAGAUGAAGGUGUGGGACCCCGACAACCCCCUGACGGACCGGCAGAUCGACCAGUUCCUGGUGGUGGCGCGGGCCGUCGGGACCUUCGCCCGUGCCCUGGACUGCAGCAGCUCCAUCCGGCAGCCCAGCCUGCACAUGAGCGCGGCCGCAGCCUCGCGGGACAUCACGCUGUUCCACGCCAUGGACACGCUGCAGCGCAACGGCUACGACCUGGCCAAGGCCAUGUCGACGCUGGUGCCGCAGGGGGGGCCGGUGCUGUGCCGCGACGAGAUGGAGGAGUGGUCGGCCUCCGAGGCCAUGCUCUUCGAGGAGGCGCUCGAGAAGUACGGCAAGGACUUCAACGACAUCCGGCAGGACUUCCUGCCGUGGAAAUCCUUGGCCAGCAUCGUGCAGUUCUACUACAUGUGGAAGACCACCGACCGCUACAUCCAGCAGAGGCUGAAGGCAGCGGAGGCGGACAGCAAACUGAAGCAAGUGUACAUCCCCACCUACACGAAGCCAAACCCCAACCAGAUCAUCUCGGUGGGCUCCAAACCCGGCAUGAACGGGGCCGGCUUCCAGAAGGGGCUGACCUGCGAGAGCUGCCACACCACCCAGUCGGCCCAGUGGUACGCCUGGGGCCCCCCCAACAUGCAGUGCCGCCUCUGCGCCUCGUGCUGGAUCUACUGGAAGAAGUACGGGGGGCUGAAGACCCCGACGCAGCUGGAGGGGGCAGCGCGCAGCACCUCGGAGCCUCACUCCCGCGGGCACCUGUCUCGCCCCGAGGCGCAGAGCCUCUCGCCCUACACCACGAGCGCCAGCCGGGCCAAGCUGCUGGCCAAGAACCGGCAGACGUUCCUGCUGCAGACCACCCGCCUCACCCGCCUGGCGCGCCGCCUCUGCCGCGACGUCCUGCAGCCGCGCCGCGCCGCCCGCCGCCCCUACGCCCCCAUCAACGCCAACGCCAUCAAGGCCGAGUGCUCCAUCCGGCUCCCCAAGGCCGCCAAGGCGCCCCUCAAGAUCCACCCGCUCGCGCGGCUGCCCCUCGCCGCCAUCGUCAAGGAGCUGGCGGCACAGGCCCCCCUGAAGCCGAAGACGCCGCGGGGCACCAAGACCCCCAUCAACCGCAACCAGCUGAGCCAGAGCCGGGGGCUGGCGGGGCUCGUGGGCAAGCGGGGCUAUGAGGGGGCUGCCGAGGGCCACCGCCCCCCCCGGGUAGGGGCUUCGGGGGUCCCCUUCUCAGCCAACGGGCGGCCCCUGGCGGGGGGGCUGCGGGCUGGGCCCCCCCCCGCCAGCAAGCGCCAGAAGCUGAACCCUGCUGACGCCCCCAACCCCGUCGUCUUUGUGGCCACCAAGGACACCAGGGCCUUGCGGAAGGCGCUGACCCACCUGGAGCUGCGCCGUGCCGCCCGCCGCCCCAACUUGCCCCUCAAGGUGAAGCCGGGGCUGCCCCUGCGGCCCGGGGGGGCCCUGGCGCCUCCUGCGCCCCCCCACCCCGCCAGCACCUCGGAGCCGAUCGUCCUCGAGGACUGACCCCCCCCCCUCCCUCGCCGCGUCCCUUUUGUAUUUUUUUUAUUUCCAUAGAAACCGCGCGGUUUUGGGGCGGGGGGGGGGAACGCUGCCCUCCCCCCCUCCUCCCCGCGGGACCCUUUUGUACGUGGAGCGACGCCCCCGGUUUUGUAUCUCGGGCUGUCCCGGUUCUGUAGCGACAGGAAAUAAACCGACGGCUUUUCUUCAA